UCCCCCAUUUCUGCAGUUUGAAAUUCACUUUCUUAGAAGACGGUUUAAAUAGUCUGAAGACGUCUCAGAGAUAAAACACAUUUGUUUGUCGUGUGAAUAUUGAAUUAUUUAGUGACGAAAUGAAAGUUAUUAUUGUGGUGUUAGCUUUUGCAUUAGUGGUCAGUGCUCGACCACAAGAUUAUGAUGAUUAUGAUCAGCCAGCUCGUAGACAGAAUCAAAACCAAAAUUAUCAAAAGAGGACAGAUGAAACAACAACGUUCAUUCCAAUUAUCCAAUAUGAUAAAGAGCAAGAAAUAAAUGGAAAUUACAAGACUCACUAUGAGACUGGUAAUAAUAUUGUAGCCGAGGAAAGUGGCUUUUUUAAAGACAUUAAUGAAGACGGUGAUGGUACUUUAGUCCAAAAGGGAAGCUAUUCAUACGAAACUCCUGACGGACAGAUCAUCAAUGUAGAAUAUCAAGCUGAUGAGAAUGGCUUCAGAGUUCAGGGAGAUCAUUUACCAACACCACCACCAGUCUCACCAGAGAUUCAAAAAGGUCUUGAUCUCAUUUAUGCUGGUAUCAGAUUGCAAGAAGAGAGAAGACGAAACAAUCCAAAUUAUGCAAUUGAUGAGGCAGAGAGAAAGAGACUUAACUACUUAGGAUUAUGGACUGGAAACUAAAAUUUCUUGCUCUUUCUACUUUAUCUAUUAUUCCUUUGAAUUAUAUCUUUCUUUUUUUCCACUUACCAAGCAUCUUAGACUGUGAUUUUUGUUACCUUCUAUUUCCCUCUUUGUUGUUUUCCAUGUCUUAUUACCUAUUUAAAAAAAAAUAAAAAAUGAAAUAAUUAUGAGA